GGUUUUUUUGCGUACGAACUCUGAAAAUAUGAAAAUUGAAUUUGGUAUUAGAGUUGGAGUUAAAGGAAGUUAGUAAGUACAUACAGAGGAAAUGAAUAUGAAAGAGAGAGUACAGAGACAAGAACCAAUUAGAAUCUUGGGUUGUUGUUGGUUUCCUCUGUUUUCAAUCUACGAAGAAGUAAAUGAAGAAAGAAUUCAAAAGUUGGGGUCUCAUCUACUAUCAGAGGAAAAAAAGAGAUAUAGAGAAGUAGAGUGUGACAGAAAGAAAGGGUUUCUUUUUUUGUUGAUUGAAAAUGAGGAAAUUUGUUGAUUCAGAUAGAAAACACCAUUUCUUCAAGGUCUUACUUGAAGAAGAUCUAACAAGAAUGCAAAUUCCUGAGGCGUUCUAUCCCAGACUAUCUAAAGAAUCUCAAUCAUCUAGACGGGCAGUUGUCCAGGGACCUAGUGGAGCACAUUGGGUUACUACAGUGAGCAAAAGUCAGGAUGGCAUCUACCUCGAGAAAGGCUGGCAAGUAUUUAUACGUGAAAAUGGCUUACGAAUGUAUGAUUUCUUGAUUUUUAAGUAUGGAGGUAGCAUGCAGUUCUCAGUUAAGGUUUUCACUAUGCAUGGGGUUCUGCGGGAGGGAUGUUUUGCUCCUAUUCACGCUUCUCUGUUAUUGGAAGAAAGAGAUGACACAAAUGAAGAUGAAUCAGAUGAAGAUGAAUCAAAUGACAUAUCAAAUGAAGAUGAAUCAAAUGAAGAAGAAUUAGAUGAAGAUGAAUCAGAUGAAUACGAUCCAAAUGAAGACGGAUCGGAAGAUAAUGAGGAGGAAUAUGUUUCAAGCGCAGAUGGCGUAAGGCGCCGAUCCGCAUCGGCAUCCAGGUCCAGUUCUCCUUUCUUCAGUAUUACAGUGCGGCGUGCUUAUCUGGAGCAUAAUUAUUUGCCAAUACCAUGGGCUGCCAGAAGAAACUACUUCCACAAUGGCUUGAAAACAGUUAAAAUUAUAACUUCUGAUGCUUCUGAUGAUCGAGCGUGGAGGAUUAGAACUCUCAACUUAGGGGCAGACAUAAGGUUAAGCAAAGGAAUUACCGACUUCCUAAAGAAAAAGAAUGGUCUGAACUUGAGGGUAGGAGAUGUGUGCCACUUUAAAGUCGUUAAAAAGAGACCACACAAGCUUGUGUUGCGAGUUCAGGUUUCCCGCAGGCAAUUUCCAUUUGGAUGAAUGAAGGUGCUAGAGAAUACAGAUGUUCUUACUUGAACCUAUUUCCUUUCUGUUCAAACUUAAAAACAUUUCCAAAUUAGUUGGAAGCUUAAUUAGACUAUUUUGUUAAGUUAACCUUGUUUCAGUUGGUUCAUUGCCAUGACAAUUUGCAUUAUAUGCCGAUGCUAGUUUUCACUUGUCACUUGUCAUUAUGUGCCAAACCUA